AUCUCGAAUGAUUUAGCAAUUUCGGUAUUAUAACAUAAACCUUAGAUUACAUUUUAAUUGUCUUUAGUUGUUUUUGUCCAAAUUUUUCGUUCAAGAUUAAAUAUUUAAUUUAUGUAAAGUUCACUUAAGAAAUUAAUUAAAAUGGUUCUUGAAAGUACUAUGAUAUGUGUCGAUAAUAGUGAUUACAUGAGAAAUGGAGAUUUUGUACCAACUCGUCUUCAGGCACAACAAGAUGCUGUUAAUUUAGUAUGUCUCUCAAAGACACGUGCGAAUCCUGAAAAUAAUGUUGGCCUUUUAACUUUAGCAAAUGUUCGUGUUUUGGCUACAUUAACUGCUGAUGUUGGUCGUAUAUUGUCAAAGUUGCACCAAGUUCAACCCAAUGGAGAUAUUAACUUUUCUACUGGCAUAAGAAUUGCUCAUCUGGCAUUAAAACAUCGUCAGGGUAAAAAUCAUAAAAUGCGUAUCAUUGCAUUUAUUGGAAGUCCUGUUGGACUAGAUGAAAAAGAAAUGAUUAAAUUAGCAAAGCGACUUAAAAAAGAAAAAGUGAAUGUUGAUGUUGUUUCAUUUGGAGAAGAAGCUGAGAAUUCUGAUAUAUUAACUGCAUUUGUUAAUACAUUAAAUGGCAAGGAUGGUGGAGGUAGUCACUUGAUUGCUGUACCACCUGGAUCACACUUUUCUGAAGCAUUGGUAUCAUCACCAGUUAUUCAAGGAGAAGAUGGUGCUGGUGGAGCAGGUCUUGGUGGAUCAGGUUAUGAAUUUGGAGUUGAUCCGAAUGAAGACCCUGAAUUAGCCCUGGCAUUACGUGUCUCCAUGGAAGAACAAAGAGCUAGGCAAGAACAAGAAGCUCGUCGAGGUCAGGCUUCAUCUGCUGGAGAAAAUUCAACUAGUCGACCAGCCACUAUUAAUGAAACUCCUACUGAGGAAGCAAUGUUGGAACGUGCUUUGGCAAUGUCAAUGGAAACCAGUGAAGAUGAACCUAUGGUGAUACAAGAAGGAUCUGGUUCAGUUGCUGCAGCUCAGGUAGACUUUAACAACAUGACUGAAGAAGAACAGAUUGCUUUUGCUAUGCAAAUGUCCAUGCAAGAAUCUGCUGAAGUAAAAACACAAUCAUCUAGUGCCAAACCCAAAGAUGAAGCAAUGGAAGUUGAAGAAGAUUAUUCUGAAGUAAUGAAUGAUCCAGAAUUUAUUCAAAGUGUAUUAGAAAAUCUUCCUGGUGUUGAUCCUCAAAGUGAUGCAGUUCGUCAAGCUGUUGGAUUAGUUAGCAAAGACACUAAGGAUAAAGAUCAAAAAAAUGAAAAAGAUAAAAAUACUAAAAAAUAAAGUUAAUAUUCAUAUAAUACAUUUAAAUUUUCUUUUCAUGA